UGUUCAGCAGACCGUCACUCAACAUUCUAGCAUGUUGCAUGUUGAAUCAGAAUGACAUCAUACAUCGGAGCCGGCUCCAGCGCCGUAGGUGCACAUAUAACCAAUUACAUAGCCGUACGUCAAGAUCUCGCAAUCACUUCAUUCAAUCUUGUGGCGACUGAACGAGAGAGCAACUACAUACUGUACUACCACAAUCAUACACCACCGACAUGUCGCAACAAAAAGUCUUUCGCUUGGCCAAGAAGGGCGCCGGGUACAAUGCUCUGGAGGAGAAGACCGAGGCGAUUCCCAAGGUCAAGCCGCAUGAAGUGUUGAUCAAAGUCCAUGCGACCACGUUGAAUUAUCGGGAUCUGGUCAUUGCCAAUGGCCAAUAUCCAUUCCCCGUUGGCGAAGACUUCGUUCCCUUGUCCGAUGCCGCUGGGACGAUUGUCGAGGUUGGAUCGGACGUGCCUAAUCUACAGAAAGACGACUGGGUCAUCUCCAACUUUGACGUGACGAAUCUCUACGGCCCGCAGCAGGACUGGAAUCACGGUCUUGGUGGACCCAUCGAUGGCGCCCUGCGAGAGUAUCUCCCCGUGCCAGCGAGCGCGGUGGUCAAGAUCCCCAAGACGACGAAGCUGAGCUGGGGCCAACUGGCGGGUCUGGUCUGCACGGGCACCACCGCCUGGAAUGCGCUGUAUGGCAACAACCCGCUCAAGCCAGGCCAGACGGUCUUGUUCCUGGGAACGGGAGGUGUGUCCAUGACCGGGCUCAUGCUUGCCAAGGCCGCGGGAGCCAAUACUAUCAUCACCUCGUCUUCGGAUGAUAAGGCGAAAAUGGCCGUGGACAAGUACGGGGCUGAUCACACCAUCAACUACAAGACAACGCCCAAGUGGGAGGAGGAGGUGAACAGAAUCACCAACGGCCACGGAGCUGACAUUGUCAUCGAGAACGGAGGGGCCGGCACCAUCGGCCAAAGCCUGGCGUGCGUUGCUCGAGGCGGCAUCGUCGCCGUGAUCGGCUUCCUGGCGCAGCCGAAGGAGAUGCCGGAUGUCGCUAGCCUCGUUCUCGGGUCGGGCGCCAUUGUUCGCGGGAUCAACGUUGGCGCGAAGCAGCUGACGGAAGACUUGGUGACGUUCGUUACGAGUAAGGGUUUGCAGAUGCCGGUGGAGAAGACGUUUGGCUUCAGUCGAGAGCAGAUCUUGGAGGCGUACAAGUAUCUCGAGAGUGGCAGCCAUAUUGGCAAGAUCUGCAUCGAGGUCAAGUGAGCGCGCACGAUUUACUGGGUGUGAAUGUUGGUGAGCGAAUAGGCUUGAUAUACAUUAGAGAGCAACACGUAAACUUGAGCAGUCACGUGGAGACGUGAAUCUUUCGCG